AUGAGCACACCGAGUGACUCGUGGUGCUGGCCGGAUCAAUAUACGACCGAUUUCGCGCAACGAGUCGCUUCUACCGGCUCGGAUUAUUAUCCGGCCGAUUUUGCGCACUUUGUCGCAAGGAGUGCAACAAGUGCGCAAAACCACAGGCUUGGCGCUUAUGUAAGGUAUGGAGGAGAGGAGGAGUGGAGGCGGCAAAGGUUGUCACCGCGCCGUGAGCAAGGCGGCAAGCAGCUCACGGCUGCCGACAACACCGAAAUGUGCGCAAAACCUCCUAGUGAGUAGAGGUUUUGCACACUUUUAGGGGUGUGGCGGUGCAAGAUGUGGCGCUUUGUCACACCUUGCACACACAGCCUUACACCAGCCUUGUUGACUACUCUAAGGCUGAUGUGAAGGGUGGCCGCCUCACGGCGGCCGACAGCACCGAGAAUGCGCACAAGCGUCACUUUUCGUGCGCUUGUGCGCGGUUUUAGGACUGUGGCGGUGCAGGCUGGCACCACCACAGUUAGUCUGCCUUAGGCAAACUAUAAGGCACAAAGGGGAGGAGACACAGGG